AUGUAAAAUAUAUUAUUGCCUUACACUAAGGAACUCCAAAGUAAAUUAUAUAUAUAUGAUUAGGACUUGAAAAUUGCCUUGAAGGAAGUUAAGAUAGUGGAGCAUAUUUGAAUCCAUUAUAAGGUAAGCCAAUUAUAUAAAUAUGAAGAGUAAAUGCAAAGAGCAAAAUAGAAUGUUUUAAGAUUAGAAUCAAUUCAUGAAAACAAAAAGAAAUUAUAAGCUGAUUAUGGUGCAAAACUAUAAAAGCUUAAUGAUAAACUGUCUUAAUCUAUGGAACAGAGUUUGAAAAAAAAGGAAAUUUAAUUGUUAGCAUUAUCAAAUAAGUUAAAAAAAAAGAAUGUUAGAAGGAAGCCUAGAAAGAUGUCAGCAUAAGAAGAAAUCAGAGAAAUCAAAGAAGAAAUUACAACAAAAGUAGAAUUAGUGGAGUAAGUUCCAUAGAAAAUUUAAUAAAAAAAAGAAGUAACUAUAAAAGAAACACCAACAAUAAAAUUAGCAGAGCCUAAGCAUUUAGAUGAGGUAGUUGAAUAAUGAUCUAUAUUUUAGUUUGAAUUUUUUAAGAAACUAAACAAAAGUAUGGAUGCUGCAUCUCAAAGAAAGUCUUAACGUUUAGAUAAUAUUAAAUAACGAUUACAUGGAUAAGAUGAAAUAGUACAAAAUAUUAUUUAUUAUUAGAUUCAUAAACAUCUUGAGAAAUCAAAUAAGACAAAGGAGGAACAAGAAUAAAAUAGGUUGACUUAAAUUUAUAACAAACUAUUAAAUUUAACAUAAAAAGAAUAGUAAAAGAAAUCAAAAAACAAAAUAAAAUAGAAGAAGAAAUCUUUAUAAAUAAAUAUGUCUAGCAGUGAAUCUAAUAAAUAUACAAAUACAAAUAGAUAUGAAGAACAACGAUCAGAACCAAAUAGAACAGUCAGAUCUAUUACUUAAGAUAUCAAAUUUAUUAAUGUUAAAUAAAGAUUGGAGAAACUUUAAAAUGAAAGGGAAUAGUAAGUAAAAACAAUAUUGGAUAAGCAUUAAUAAUAUUCUUAUAGGCUUCAAUAAAAUAAAUUAAUAUUAGAUGAAUUAUCUAAUACGUGUUAAUAUUAUAAUUUUAAGAUAAAAGAAUAAUAUUUGUUAUGA